AUGGAAUACCCUGAUUUAGAAAAGUUUAUAAAGUACUUUCAGUACAAUAAUGCUCGUGAACCCCAUCGUGGAACAAAACAAUUCCAAAGAAUAAUACGUGAGAGUGGCUUCCGCCUGGCGCAUAUGAAAAAUCAUAUCACAUUAGCCACGAAAUGUGAUGAUUCGUGUGGCGAUGAUGAGUUAGAAGAGCACGAUUCCGGCAUAUUGUUGGGUCGAGCAGUAGGAGCAGUUGAUGACGAGGAUGAUGAAUUUGAGGUAGCAGCUGCCGAAUUAGCAGCAGCAAUUGAAGCAACAACAACAGCAGCAACAACAACAGCAGCAGCUCCAGCAACAACAACCACAGCAGCAGCAACAACCACAACAUCAACAACAACAGCAGCAGCUCCAGCAGCAACAACAACAGCAGCAGAUCUUGAAGCAGCCGUUCAAGAAGCGGCUAAUGAGGCAGCAGCUACAGCUGUUCUAGCAGCAGCAGCAGUAGAAGCAGCGGCAGCAGCAGCUCCUCCAAAAACCGAAAGGGAGGCUGCAUUAGCAGAAGCAGCAGCAGAGUUAGCUGCGGCCUUUGAGGUUGUUCAUGAAACAACAGCGGCAACAUCAUCAUCAUCAACAGCAGCAGCAGCAGCAGCAGCAGCAUCAUCAGCAGCAGCAGCAGUAGCAAGCGUAGCAGCUUUGCCGGCUCCUAGACCCUCUCCGGUCAUUGAAAGAUUGGAAACGUCUAUGGCUAGAGCUACGAGCUCAAGAACAGCUGUAACAGCAGCAACAGCACCAUCAUCAACAACAGCAGAGCAAGAGGAGCUUGCUGAUAUAGAAGGUCGUCUCUUGAAUCGACUUGAAAAAAAUGAUAAUUCCAACUACCUCGCCAAAUUACAAAAAGGGGACGAUGAGCUAAACCCAUGGUCCAGAAGUGUGGUUAUGGGUACUACGUUCGAUCGCUUGUUAGAAUCAGGCGACUUGGCUGAGUUCACUAUUGUCUGUUUAUACCAGUACCUCACAUAUUCGGAAUACGUUGUGUACCAAAACAUACAGCCUGGAGACGCAGAGGAUGUUAUGAUCCAAAAUGGAGCAGACCAAGUUGGCUUCUAUAAAAGGAAAGUACGGGGAGAACGUGUUCUCCAUCUUUAUGGAUUGUUAGGAAUCGCAGGUAUUUUAGCCAGUGAAAUUAUCAAUGUCACAAGCUACACCAUGAUUGAAGCUGGAUUUCAUUGCGAAAUGGCUGUUUUGAUGGCGCAUCCGUUGGCGAGAAAAUUAAGUUUUUUGAGGACAAAUUCGAUUGAUUGGAUGUUUGAUCAAAUUGAACAAAACUUACGAGCAAUCAAUGCCGAUCAUAGGGAAAUAGCCGUGGCAAAUGACAUCUUUUGGGAGGACAUGGAAGAAGACAAGAGGUCAAGGUAA